AUGUCACGGAUGCAGUUUCAACAGCAAAUUGAACAACACUGCAGACAACCACCUCCUCCGCUCCCACGCAAGCCAUCAAAAAAGCUGCCUGAUGAGGAAAAGGAAGACGAAGACUCGGAUGCAGAAUCUCUAUUGGAUUUUGACAAGGACUUCAAAUCUUGGGAGGAUUUGGAAAAACAAUGUCGAGCCAAACACAACCCGGGGGCAGAGAUCAGAGUUAAAGCUAAACAUCUCUAUAAAGCAAUCAAGACGUACAUCUCCCUGAUGUCUGACCAUGGUGAGCACCUCAAACAAGACAUUUACGAGCUGAAGUGCAUUGCUGACCACUUAAACAAGGUUUCAAAGGGCACAAAGAUCGCUGGCAUCACAGGAGGAGCUACAUCUGUAGCAGGAGGGGUGGCUGCAGCUGCCGGGGUGAUUUUGUGUCCUUUCACCGCAGGAGCCUCACUGGGACUCACUGUGCUCGGGGUCGGUGUUGCUGCAGCCGGCGGUGUCACCGGUGCAUCAGCAGCCAUUGUCAACAAGACCAGUGCUGCAGUAGACACGAAGAAAAUCAGAAGUAUCUUAAAAGACUUCGAUGAACGUUUCAAGAAAAUUAUGACCUGCAAGGAGUUUGUGAACGAGGGCAUUGUACAACUGAAACCGUAUGAUCUGUCUGCUCUGAAUGAAAUAACAUCUAAGAAGGUAGCAAAGGUUGUAAAUGGAGCAAUAGCAGAUGCAAAUGCAGUGGACUCUGGGGAAAGCUCCAAGGCAUCUGGAUUGGUGACGGGCUUUGCUCUCGCCCUGGAUUUCUACUUCACCAGUGGUAAAAAAGGGAAUGAAGUGAAAAAGGGUUUGGAGUCAAAGUUUGGAAGUAAGAUCUCCAAGCUGGUAGAUGAGCUUAACAAAGCACUGGAUGAGCUAACGAAGAUCAAGGACUUGUUCAGUGCACACUUUGAAGAAGCCUAACAUCUUCUGUCUUUAUGAUCUUGUGCUUUUAGUUUGACUGCAGAUUUGGGCUAAACAUGUGGUAUUUGUGAAAAAGUGGGAUAUUUGAAAUGUUUACUCUGAAAGGAUAUACCAAUUAUUAUUACUGUAUGAUGUAAAUCAUGUCUAACACUCCUUUAUAAUAACUUUAAUCUGUAUUAUUGUGCUGACUGGAUGAACUUUCUCUUGUCAAGGAUAAUCAC